AUGGGGAGCACCCUGGGCAUUUGUCCCCAACUACACCACUGGAACUACACAGAUGUGGUCAUGGACAUCUCCCCAGGUGUGGGUGCAUCCUCUUCUGCGCCCUGCCCAUCAGGAAGUGCAGGUGGAUGCCAGGGGACCCUGACUCUUCCUGGCAGUCCCGCGGAUGGCCCUGCCCUACACUCACCUCCAGUCCCUAAGGAAGGUCCCCCCAGUGACCGUGCCCAUGGCCCGUGGCCGGGGCAAAGCGUUGACUCCCUUGUUUCCCUCCCAAUUACAGGCCUUUAUGGGAAAGAUGGCAUCCUGCCAGCCCGCAAGAUGCUCCGCCUCACUGGCAAAGGAUUCUGGGAACAGCUGCAGGAUUCGCCCACCUUGCUCUGGCUCGGGCCACGGCUGGGGCUGGACACGGAGCAGGGCGUGGAGCUGCUCUGUCUGCUGGGGGUGUUGCUGUCUUUCGGAGCCCUGAUCCUGGAGCCCUUGCGUGACAGCCUCGUCUUCCUAGGUCUCUGGAUACUCUACCUUUCUCUUUACCAGGUGGGCCAGGUGUUCCUCUACUUCCAGUGGGACAGCUUGCUGCUGGAGGCAGGCUUUCUGGGGGUGCUGGUAGCCCCCCUUCAUCUGCUGAAGUGGCGCUCCACAGCCUGGCGGGCGCACGACGGGGUGACGUUCUGGCUGGUGCGCUGGCUGCUCUUCCGGCUCAUGUUCGCCUCAGGGGUGGUGAAGCUGACCAGCCGCUGCCCCACUUGGUGGGGGCUCACAGCCCUGACCUACCACUACGAGACGCAGUGCAUCCCUACGCCAGCAGCGUGGUUCGCACACCAGUUGCCCGUCUGGUUCCAGAAGCUCAGCGUGGUGGCCACCUACGCCAUUGAGAUAGCCAUCCCAGCCCUCUUCUUUGUGCCCGUCCGCCGCCUCCGGCUGUUUGCCUUCUACUGUCAGAUCCUCCUGCAAGUCCUGAUCGUCUUGACGGGGAACUACAACUUCUUCAAUCUGCUGACCGUCACACUCUGCUUCUCCCUACUGGACGAUGACCACAUCCGUGGCCGAAAGAAGGCGGGGGCUGCUUGGCCCCCCCGGCUUCUGACCGUCUUGACCGUGCUGGCCGAACUGGGCACCUACGGCCUGCUGUUCUAUUGGACCGCCUGUCACUUUGGGCUGAAGGCCAACUGGGAGAAGAAGCUCAUUGACUCCAAGACAGCUUUCACCUACCACGAAUUCAUACAGUGGCUGAAGAUGGUGACGCUCCCUCUGGCGGGAUUCGGCCUCCUUUCCCUGCUCUGGGAGAUCCUUCAGGCCGGCUACAGGUAAGCACCUG